AUGCACCAGCAGGGUUCGUUGAUGCCUUCCUUGCUCAGCGAUGUAUACUGCCAGUGUCGGUCGGGCGAGACCCACCGAGGGGUCGACCCGGGCGGCAGACACGCUGAAGACCCCUUCUCAGAUCCCCCAUCUAAACCAGCCCCGCGACAGCUUGGUGACUCGGAUCCCGGUCAGCCAGCGCAUCAAUGUGACAUAUGUGGAGGGCCCGAGCAGGAGCAUAGACUGAAAGUUUUGUUCCAAGUCCUGGAUGUGAACGGUGAUGGAGGCAUUUGUGUCAACGACCUGACAAUUGGGCUGAAGAAAUUAGCCCCUUUUUACCUGUUGCUCAGAUGCUCCUUCUCAUCCCAGACACCGGCUGCUGUGCCCUCCGAAGGACAGAGUGUGACCCUGAGAGCCCCAGCCGUCUUCCCGUUUAAGCCCCGCAGCGGCCCUGUUCACUCCAUACACUGCUCCCCUUUCCACAGGAACCUGUUUGUGAGUGCAGGGACUGAUGGUCUGGCCCACCUCCACUCUCUGCUGCAGGCCAAUCCACUGCUCUCUCUCAGGGUUUCAGACUCCUACGUGUUUCAGGUGCAGUGGUCUCCAACCAGACCACUGGUUUUUGCAGCAGCCACCGGACAAGGUGAGGUGCAGAUAUUCGACCUGGGCCGCCGGUCCCUGAAGCCUGCAGCCACCAUCGAGCAGGGAGGUGCGGACCACGCUGCAACUUGUUUGGCCUUCAACUGUCAGAACCCUCACCUCUUGGCUGUGGGGAAAACUGAUGGGACCGUCGGCGUUUGGCAGCUGAGCCACGAUUUGACAGAGCAGAGUCCGAGAGAGAGCAGCCAGCUGGAGCAGAUAGCCAAUCAGGUGGCAGGAUGAGACUCAUUAACCUGGGACAGUUGAAGACUGCUGCAUAGGACUGAUGUGUGUGUGUGUGUGAAAAAAAAUAAUCUCAAAGACGAGAAUGAAAUUGUGGAAGUGAAAUAAAACAGGAGUAGAGGUUUCCAGUUCUAACCAGUAGCGUUUAUUAAAGCACACUGCAGUUGUUAAGGUGUCGUUAACAACAUUGUUACUAUUAGGUUCUUAAAUUCAUCAAAAGCACAAGCUAAAACAAUCACAUUCAAAUGUAGACAGAUCCACUAUGCUAUCAUGAGAAGCACAAAGAGUUAAGGGUAGAGCGAGAUAAAUAGAUAGUACAGACGUUAUUAGUGAGUAUUCCUAGUGCCACAAUCAUGCAGUUUCAGCCGUGUGUUUGUGUUGAAGUG